AUAUAGCCAACAGCUAUGAGAAUAGAAAACAGUAUGAUAAGAAAGAAAAUAUACAGAAAAAAGAAAGAGAAGAAGCUAGCAAGAAGAGAAAAACUGAGAAGAGCAAUAGACAGAUAAGCAAUAUGGAAAGCCAAGAAGAUGAUAACAU